AUGAUUUCCGAUAGUUUGAUAGCGAGAGCCGUUAUAAAGCUCGUCGCGACAAUUUAUUCUUCAGUUCCAAUUAUUUCCUCUAUUUAUUAUAUUUUCUACGUUAUUAACCGUAAAUCAUUGUUAGUCGAGUUGUUUCCAGAUGCCUUUUCCGCUACUUUCAUGAAUUCUUCUAUAUCAGUAUUUUUGCAUUAUUGGUUAGGCUUCGAACUAGUUUUUCAUUUGUACUUCUUGAUGACAGUUACGAGAUUUCAAAACCUGUUGCCUCCAGUUGUUCCACCCAAACACCAAAGGGCAGAAUUACUACAUAACUGUCUUAAUUCGGUCGAUAAAUUUGAUCAUUGGAUCGAAGGUUGGUUUUCCGUGGGUAAUACAAAGGCAAAACUCAAUCAAGUUCGCAGAGAAAACCUUGCGGAAUGGUUGGCAUGGAGCUUUUUUGCCAAUCCUAUCGAAGAAGUCCGUCAAAAUGCAGAGUAUAUAGCUGAAUUAUACGAUACGAUCGAUUUCAUUGAGAAUGCGAAAAAAGUAAAAUUUCUUGAAGGUUAUAAUCCCGAUAUUCGAUGUAUUCGAUUAACGUUGGAUCCGAUUAACGCCAUUCCAAGACCUUUCGUAUUUUAUGUCGCAGUUUUCUUGUUGAAUUAUGUUUAUUUCAUUAUUCUAAAACUUGCCGGAUUCGAACAUUAUGGACAAAAAUAUAGUAUUUUGAAUGGUUAUUGGUCUAGCACACUUGAAUUCGAUAUUCAGGAGGAAACUAUCAAAUCAUCACCAUCACGAAUUAGCUAUUGGUAUUAUAAUCCUAAAUCACGUAACGAAAAUGCACCUCUGAAAAAGAAACAUCAAAAGCAGCAACCGAUCGUUUUUAUCCAAGGUGUUGGUGGUGGUUUAUUCUGUUAUUUCAACUUUAUCAGGAAGUUGUGUAAUUUGAAUCGCCCAUUAUUCUUGGUCGAACUCCCACACGUUUCUAUGAGAUUGAUUGAAGAUGUCCCUACUAUGGAAGAGACUGUGCAAGAAAUUGAAGAGAUGCUUACGUUACAUGGUUUCCCUAAAGCCACAUUCGUUGCUCAUUCAUUGGGUACUGCGGUGUGUGCUUGGGUGAUUAAAGAAGCAAGGAAACGUGUCGGUGGUUGUGUUUUAAUUGACCCCAUUUGUUUCUUGUUGCAUUAUUCACAUGUAGCUUACAACUUUGUUUAUCGUGAGCCAAAGGCUGCCAAUGAGCACAUAACCUACCUAUUUGGCUCACCCAAUACCCACGUUUAUUUAUCUGAACAAGAUAAUAUUGUCCCAUCAUCCGAAGUAUACAAGUAUCUUGCAAAAAACAAUGUUUCCGUUCAUAUGAUGCGCGGGUUGGAUCAUUCUAGUUACCUAUUCCGCUCAGAUUGGGAAGAUAGAAUUGUUGGCGACAUUUUGAGGAGUUGUAAUGCUUCAAGGAGGAGUUGGUAUAUUUGA